AUGACCGGACGUCUAAAAAACAAAUUUAAUCGACUACUUCUCAAACACAAGAAGACUGGGAAAGAGGACGCCGGCAUUGAUCAAGUGGUGGACCAAAGAGACAGCGCAACAAAUGCUAGAAAGUCAACGGGUAGCCAGGCUGCAAUCCAACCAACCCAAUCAACCGAGAUAUUUGAGCCACAAGACCUAUGGCAGGCUGCCUAUGACCAGCUCGAUGUGAAACAGCAGCAGAUUUUGUCUAGCAUACAAACCCCUUCUAAAUCAAAAGACAAGAACGCUAGCUCGAGGGAGCUGAUCGACGAUAUCGUCCGAGUGACAAAGCAACAAUACGAGACAUACCAGCAGAAGUCAGACGAUACAAUCCGGAAAUCUUCGCAAAAGAUCAUCAAUGCGGUACUAUCCUUUAAGGAUAUUAUUACUGCGGUUGCUGCACUUGACCCUACACAGCAUGCAGCUAGUGCUUGGACAGUCGUGUCGCUUGGUCUAUCAAUGACCCAAAACUAUCAGAAUGCAAGAAAUGCAUUGUUUGAAUCAUCAGAGUACCUAGCCGAUGUCCUUGCACAAAGUGCCUUUAUCGAACGGAAAUUCUAUCUGGACGGCCACCCAGAUACCCGAGAUCAUGUGCGAAGCGUAAUGAUCAGUCUCUACAGAUCAGUUCUGCACUAUUCAGCACAGAUUCGGAAUGCCCAAGAGUCUAGUAUGGGAAGGAUUCUCUUGGACUCUAUUACUGGCCCCCCACUUACGGAGCUCAAGACCUCACUCGAAAAAGAAAGGGAAUAUUUAGGCCGUUGGGUUCAGCUAGGCGGAUACCUUCGCCAUGAAAGGGACGCAGAAAACCUCCUUGUCAAAAUCGAUGACCUAGGCGAAUCUAUGAAGCUUCUUCUCGAGAAGUCUAGCUUUGAACAUCUACAUGUCGUGGAGAGAGCAUUAUAUGACGCUCAUGGCCACGAGCAUGAGGAUCCCUGCCUUCAAGGAACUAGAACCGAACUCCUUUCACGUAUCAUACACUGGGCGGAGUCAGAUGAUAAACUCAUAUUUUGGUUAAACGGGAUGGCAGGGACCGGAAAGUCUACUAUUGCACGGACAGUUGCACAAAUAUUUAAAGACAGGGGACUGCUUGGUGCCACGUUUUUCUUCAAACGAGGCGAAGCCGAUCGUGGUAUUGCAACCUACUUGAUAACCAGCAUCGUGGGACAGCUAGUUACCAAAUACAGACAACUGGCACCUGAAGUUUUGAGCGCCAUCAGGACUGAUCCGAGAAUCACAUCGAAGUUCCUAAACAUUCAAUUUGACCAGCUUCUCUACCAACCUCUCUCAAAACUACAAUCAGACCAAUCAACCACAACUGUGUUUGUCAUUGACGCUUUAGAUGAAUGUGACGGGGACGAUGACAUAAAGCUUAUACUUCAUCUCUUAUUUAAAUUACAAGAGAUUAAGUCUAUACGUUUACGGGUGAUCCUGACGAGUAGACCUGAGCUUCCAAUUCGUUACGGCUUCCAGGAGGAAAAGAAUCACCAAGACUUAGUCCUCCAGGAAGUUCCUGCUCCAGUGAUCGAACGCGAUAUUCGCCUGUUUCUGCAAUACAAGCUUAAAGUGAUACAACACGAGAAGAAACUUCCCUCGGACUGGCCAGGGAAUGACAAUAUUGAUAAGCUGGUGCAGAUGGCUGUGCCUUUGUUUAUCUUUGCAGCCACAGCAUGUCGCUUUAUCAAAGAUGGACUACAUCCCCAAAAGCAGCUUCAGAAGUAUCUUGAUAUUGGAAUCACAAGUGCAACACAGAUGGAGAAAACAUACCGACCAAUUUUAGAUCAACUUAUAAGGAACGAUGAAGAGAUUCUACAAGAGUUUCAAGAGAUCGUCGGGGUUAUUAUCCUCCUUGCUACCCCACUCUCAGUGACAUCUCUUGCUCUGCUUUUACAAAAGUCAUCACAUGAACUCAAUGACUUACUGGGUUUUCUAUCUUCGGUUCUCAAUUUACCAAGCGACACAAACACUCCAGUUUCUAUUCUACACCUAUCGUUUCGAGAUUUUCUACUCAGCACAGAAAGUGACUUCCGUAUUAACAAGAAUGAUACACAUCGAAAAAUAGCAUCGAACUGUCUCCGCAUCAUGGAGACUAGGCUUAGCCACAAUAUCUGUGAUCUAGCAAGUUACGGCCAAGAGUGCAGAGAUAUCGAUCCUCAGAUCAUCCAGCAGCGCCUCCCAGCUGAUUUGCAAUACUCCUGCUAUUAUUGGGUACAUCAUCUAAAGCAGAGCCAGGGUGGUAUUUCUGAAUGGGAAGUUCUCUCUUUUCUUAAAAAAAGAUUCCUUUACUGGUUGGAGGCCCUAGCUUUGAUGGGAAACAUAUCCGAAGCUGUAACAAUGAUAAAGACACUAGAGUCAAGCAUAUGGAAGAAACUGGAUCCUGCUCUUUCAGGGUUUUUAUAUGAUGCAAGAAGAUUUACUCUUCAAAAUGCUUAUUUAGCUGGCAUUGCUCCGCUACAGCUCUACUGUUCCGGUCUAGCGUUUGCACCAACACAAAGUGUCAUCAAGGAGACAUUUCUUAGCGAAAUUCCAAAUCAGAUCCAGCCGCUACCAGCGGUAAAGGAUUCCUGGAGCCUAAGUCUACAGACGCUAGAGGGCCAUUCAGAUUCGGUUACAUCAGUGGCCUUCUCUCCCGAUGGGCUCACGCUGGCAUCGGGCUCAUGGGAUAACACCAUCAAGCUCUGGGAUACGGCGACGGGCACGCAGCGGCAGACGCUAGAGGACCAUUCACAUUUUGUUGUAUCAGUGGCCUUCUCUCCCGAUGGGCUCACGCUGGCAUCGGGCUCAUGGGAUAACACCAUCAAGCUCUGGGAUACGGCGACGGGCACGCAGCGGCAGACGCUAGAGGGCCAUUCAGAUUCGGUUACAUCAGUGGCCUUCUCUCCCGAUGGGCUCACGCUGGCAUCGGGCUCAUGGGAUAACACCAUCAAGCUCUGGGAUACGGCGACGGGCACGCAGCGGCAGACGCUAGAGGACCAUUCACAUUGGGUUACAUCAGUGGCCUUCUCUCCCGAUGGGCUCACGCUGGCAUCGGGCUCAUGGGAUAACACCAUCAAGCUCUGGGAUACGGCGACGGGCACGCAGCGGCAGACGCUAGAGGACCAUUCACAUUGGGUUACAUCAGUGGCCUUCUCUCCCGAUGGGCUCACGCUGGCAUCGGGCUCAUGGGAUAACACCAUCAAGCUCUGGGAUACGGCGACGGGCACGCAGCGGCAGACGCUAGAGGACCAUUCACAUUGGGUUACAUCAGUGGCCUUCUCUCCCGAUGGGCUCACGCUGGCAUCGGGCUCGGAUGAUAACACCAUCAAGCUCUGGGAUACGGCGACGGGCACGCAGCGGCAGACGCUAGAGGGCCAUUUAGGUAGGGUUACAUCAGUGGCCUUCUCUCCCGAUGGGCUCACGCUGGCAUCGGGCUCGGAUGAUAACACCAUCAAGCUCUGGGAUACGGCGACGGGCACGCAGCGGCAGACGCUAGAGGGCCAUUCAAAUUGUGGUACAUCAGUGGCCUUCUCUCCCGAUGGGCUCACGCUGGCAUCGGGCUCAUGGGAUAACACCAUCAAGCUCUGGGAUACGGCGACGGGCACGCAGCGGCAGACGCUAGAGGGCCAUUCAGAUUCGGUUACAUCAGUGGCCUUCUCUCCCGAUGGGCUCACGCUGGCAUCGGGCUCGGAUGAUAACACCAUCAAGCUCUGGGAUACGGCGACGGGCACGCAGCGGCAGACGCUAGAGGGCCAUUCAAGUGGCAUUAACUCAUCAGUCUUCUCUACUUAUCCUGGUGAGCUUCUCGAAAAAGCUCCUGAAACUUUCCAGAUAUCAUUAUCGAGUAACUGGGUUAGUUUUAGAGGGGAGAAUAUACUAUGGCUCCCUGAUGAAUAUCGUUCAUUUUCAUGCCAGGCUGUCAAAAAUGCCACACUUGCACUCGGAUUUCGAGAUGGACGAGUCUUGAUUACGGGAUUCCAUACGCAUAUAUUAUAA